CUAGAACUACUAGGUAUACGUCCAAGUAUCCAUGGCUUUAGCGCAACAGCCUCGGAACUUCACAUGCCAUCCGUCCGCACCACCACAAGCGACGUCAAGCGCCUCCUCCGGUGCGCCUGUCACCUGCACCCUUUCAACGCCAAAGACCACACCACACCAUCGCCCACGCCGCCGCACGUCGACGACGGAAUUCGAUGGUCAGAGCGCCCUCGCAGGUGUCCUAGACGAUCCUCUCUCUCACCGACGACACGCGCAGUCGACGGCCCAUGACUGCCGUGUAAUAGACCAUCCCCUCUGCGAUCGUGUUCCACCCCGGCUCGGCAACCCGAGGUCGACACGCAGCUUCAUGGCGGCGCAAUCAAACCUGCGCAAGACGGCCGCAGAGGCCGCCAUCGCCGCCUUCGCCGACAAGUGGAAGACCUUCUUCAAGACCCGAUGGCGUAGCACCUCUCGAGCCACGCGCGUCCUCGCGACCCUGCUCCUGACCCUGUCCAUCGUCGCCGGCGCCGAGGGCACGCGACGCCGCUGGAAGAGGCAGCAUGACGAAAGCGAACAGGGCCGCAAGCUCGUCCGCACAAACUCAUGGCUUCACAACAAGGAUGGCUCCCGGACCAUCUACGUCCCCUACAAGGAGGGCACCUCCAAGGUCAUCAUCAACACCACCAAGCCCCUCACCUUCGAGGCCCACCGCCGCCUCUUUCUCAACCCCCCGCGCGUGUCCGGCCUCGGCCAUGGCACCGUGCCCUCGGCGCAGACCAAGCCCGGUCUCAACCUGGCCUUUUUGCACCAGUUCCUCAGCCUCAUGAGCAUCAUGAUUCCCCGCUGGUCUAGCAAGGAGGCCGGCUUGUUACUCAGCCACGGUGUCUUCCUCAUGCUGCGGACCUAUCUCUCGCUUGUUGUCGCGCGCUUGGACGGUGAGCUCGUCCGGGAUCUGGUCGCUGGUAACGGCAAGGCGUUCAUCUGGGGCAUUCUCAAGUGGUGCGGUCUCGGCGGCUUCGCGUCGUACACCAAUGCCAUGAUCAAGUACCUCGAAUCCAAGGUGUCCAUCGCAUUCCGCACGCGCCUGACGAGAUAUAUUCAUGAUCUCUACCUCAACGACAACCUGAAUUACUACAAAUUGUCUAAUCUUGAUGGUGGUGUUGGGCACGGAGCCGAUCAGUUCAUCACUCAGGACCUGACUUUAUUCUGCGCGGCCGCCGCGAAUUUAUACUCGUCGCUCGGCAAACCCUUUGUGGACCUCUGCGUCUUCAACUUCCAGCUCUACCGGUCUCUGGGUCCCCUGGCGCUGUCCGGACUAUUGAGCAACUACUUCCUGACAGCGAGCAUUCUGCGUCGCCUGUCGCCGCCAUUUGGCAAGCUCAAGGCCGUCGAGGGCCGCAAGGAAGGUGACUUCCGCGGUCUGCACGCCCGUCUGAUUGCCAACGCCGAAGAGGUUGCUUUCUAUGGCGGCGCGGAGAUGGAGAAGACGUUCCUGAACAAGGAGUACAAGUCUCUCAAGAGCUGGAUGGAGGGCAUUUACAUGCUCAAGAUCCGCUACAACAUCCUCGAGGAUUUCAUUCUCAAGUACAGCUGGAGCGCGUACGGCUACUUGCUUGCGUCCUUGCCUGUGUUCCUGCCGGCAUGGGGCGGCGUCGGUGGAGCAGCAGAGAUGCUGGAGAGCGUCGCCAAGGGCGGACGGGAGCGCAACCGAAUGAAGGACUUCAUCACCAACAAGCGGCUCAUGCUUUCGCUGGCCGACGCCGGCGGUCGCAUGAUGUACUCGAUCAAGGAUCUGGCCGAGCUGGCGGGGUACACGAGCCGUGUCUAUACGCUUAUAUCAACCCUCCAUCGAGUCCAUGCCAACGCGUACUACGUGCGCGGCGGCCAAAACGAACUGUACUCGCUAUCCGAUGUCCAGGGCACCAUUCAGAAGGGCUUCGACGGCGUGCGAUUUGAGCAGGUACCCGUGGCCGCUCCGGGCCUGUGGCCACAGGGCGGAGAGGAGCUGACUGAGUCACUGUCCAUGAUUGUCCGGAGCGGCGAGCAUCUCCUGAUUUCCGGCCCCAACGGCGUUGGAAAGACUGCCGUCUCUCGCAUCCUUGCGGGGCUUUGGCCCGUGUAUCGAGGACUGGUGAGUCGACCCAAGAGUAUCGGGCAAGACGGCAUCAUGUUCCUCCCACAACGGCCGUAUCUUAGCCCGGGCACUCUUCGCGACCAGGUCAUCUAUCCCGAUGGGCACGUGGACAUGAAGGAGAAGCGCAAGUCGGAGGAUGACCUGAAGAGGAUUCUCGAGGAGGCCAAGCUCGGCUAUCUGCCCGAUCGCGAGGGUGGCUGGGACACUCGAAAGGAGUGGAAGGACGUGCUCAGCGGCGGCGAGAAGCAGCGCAUGCAAUUCGCUCGACUGCUGUACCACGAGCCGCAGUACGCCGUCAUCGACGAGGGUACGAGCGCUGUAUCCAGUGAUGUCGAGGGUUUACUUUACGAAACGUGCAAGGAGAAGGGAAUCACUCUGAUUACCAUCUCGACGCGCGCCUCGCUCAAGAAGUAUCACACGUACAACCUCGUUCUCGGCAUGGGCGACCAGGGCGACGAGUGGGAGUUUGAACGCAUCGGCACGGAGCGGGAAAAGCUGCAAGUAGAGAAGGAGCUGCAGGAGCUCCGCGAGCGGCUCGCUCAGGUCGACGAGUGGAAAAAGCGCCGCGACGACAUUGAGCAAGAGCUGGCCGCCGUUUGGACAGACAAGGGCGAAUCCUUGGAGGCGCCCGACUACGUGGACAUUGCUGGGGAGCAGCAAGGGGAGCCGGAAGAGGGAGACGACGAAGUUGGUGGGGAAGAGGAGCUGAUCAGCGCAGGGACAGAUGCAGCCGAUGUGUAUGAGGAGGCGGGAGAGACGGCCGCUGAAGAGGAGGAGGCUGACGAGGCGGAAGAAGCUAAAGAGGCGGAGGAGGAAGAAGAAGAGGCUGACGAGAAGGAGAUCGAGGAGAUCGAGGCAGUCGUCUCAUCGACAGCAGAGGAUUCCGCUGGGCACCAAAUAGCACAUGCAUGAGGGCCUUUGCACCGCGGGGGUGGGGGUGGGGGUUGACAUGCAUAUAGACAGUCUGCACUGCAUCGGAUCGUCAAUUCUUGUACUGUAUAGUCGAUAUACCAGCAUAUACAGGACAGGAGUCGGGGUUGAAAAGGCGGAGGGGAUGAGAUACCUUUGGUCGUCUUUUGGAUUAUCC